AUGUCUAAGAGGAUACCUAAAAAAGCGCUGGCCAAGGCUGCAGCGUCGUCUCGGGCCGGUGAAAGCGAUUUCACCACUGAGUUAAUUUAUGAGAAGGGUGAAUUGAGACCAUUUGUGGUGACCACACCAAGUGCCAAAUUGAUAGAAUCUCGUGAGGUUCAUAAAUUCGAAGAGAAAGUCUAUUUGGCAUUGCUGAUCGUUUUUGCCUCGCUUGUUCGGUUGCACAGCAUCUCAAAUCCCGACUCUGUGGUUUUCGAUGAAGUCCAUUUUGGUGGUUUCGCCCGGAAAUACAUCAAUGGUGACUUUUUCAUGGAUGUCCAUCCUCCACUAGCAAAGAUGUUGUUUGCAGGAGUUGCAAGUUUGGGUGGUUUCAAGGGCGAUUUUGCGUUUGAAAAGAUUGGUGACAAAUUCCCAUCCAACGUGCCCUACGUUUUGAUGAGAGAGUUCCCAGCCGUGUUGGGAAUUGCUACUUGUGUAUUGGUUUACUUGACCCUGAGAUCAACUGGUUGCAAGCCAAUUGUCUCAUUGAUUACUGCUGCGCUUUUUGUCAUCGAAAAUGCAAACGUCACCAUCUCGAGAUUCAUUUUGCUUGACUCGCCAUUAUUGUUCUUCAUCGCUGCCUCUGUCUAUUCUCUAAAAAGAGUCGAGAAUGCAACUCCGUUCUCAUUCUCAUGGUACAGAGCUUUGUUUGCAUCUGGAAUGUCGAUGGGUCUGGCUUUGUCGUCCAAGUGGGUUGGUCUUUUCACUAUUAUAUGGGCUGGAGCAGUCAGUGCGUGGAACCUUUGGUUCACCAUUGGAGACCUUCGGAUCAGCACCAAGAAAAUUUACGGUCAGAUCAUUGUCAAGGUCUCUGUUUUGUUGGGAAUUCCUUUCUUCUUAUACCUAUUCUUUUUCUCCAUUCACUUCCAGCUUUUGGUCAAUGAAGGAGAUGGAGCAGCCUUCAUGUCUUCCGCGUUCAGAUCCAGUUUCCGCGAUGCUACAAUUCCACAAAAUACCCAAGCAAAUGUUGGUGUUGGCUCAGUGGUUACUAUACGUCAUUUGAAUACCGUGGGAGGAUACUUGCACUCGCACAAUCACUUGUACGAAGGUGGUUCAGGCCAACAACAAAUCACCCUCUAUCCUCACUUGGAUGAUAACAACAAAUGGGAAAUUGAAUUGUAUAACGUCUCUGAAGCUCCCACACAAUUUGAACCAAUUACGGAUGGAACGAAGAUCAGACUCAAGCACAUUUUGACGCAAAGACGCUUGCAUUCGCACGAUGUCAGACCGGUGGUUUCCGAGCAAGACUGGCAGAACGAGGUCUCAGCUUACGGGUACGAAGGCUUUGAAGGUGAUGCAAACGAUGACUUUAUUGUUGAAAUUGUCAAGCAGAAAUCCAAGAGCGGUGAUGCUCAAAACAGGGUUCGCGCUAUCGAGACAGUUUUCCGCUUGCACCAUGCAAUGACCGGCUGUUACCUUUGGUCCCACGAAACCAAGCUUCCCAAGUGGGGAUUCGAGCAGCAGGAAGUGACAUGUCCAACUCAAGGUAUUAAGUCCCUUGGUUACUGGUACAUUGAACAGAAUGUGAGCCCAUUCCUAGAUGCCUCUGCUGAACGUGUUAGUUACCCAAAACUUACCUUUUUCCAGAAGCUUUUGGAACUACACCAAAGAAUGUGGCAGGUGAACAAGGGGUUGACUGCCUCUCAUGUUUAUGAGUCUCGUCCGGCCUCGUGGCCUUUCUUGACCAGAGGUAUCAGCUACUGGAGAAACGAGGGAUCCCAGGUAUACUUCUUGGGCAACCCAGUCACAUGGUGGGCCUCAUCCGUCUUCCUUUUUGGAUUCUCUGUGUACGUCGUUUUCAGUUUACUGAAAUGGCAACGUGGUUACAGUGUGGGCUCAAACUCAGUUGUGUUCAACUACAACGUUCAGAUGUCCCAUAUUGUUCUCGGAUGGGCCAUUCACUAUUUCCCAUCCUUCCUCAUGGAACGUCAAUUGUUCCUGCACCAUUACUUACCCGCCCUGUACUUUAGUAUCUUGGGAGUCGGACAAACCUUCGAGGUACUCUACAGUUAUGUCUUGCGUCCAAAGCGUUAUGUUUCGGUCUACUUGUUUGUGAUUCUCUUCACGGGUGCGUUGUACUACUUCGUCUCCCUGUCCCCACUGAUCUACGGUACUCCUUGGAUCAAGUCCAAAUGUGAGACUUCUAAGCUUCUUGUCGGCUGGGAUUACGACUGUAAUGGUUUACCAGAGGAGAUCAAAGGCUCCGAGACCAUCGACAUCUUCAGUGCUGAGGCCACCACUGCUAUUGCGCCGCCUAUUGAGGUUGAGGUAGUAGAGUCAGCCGCUCCAGUUGUUGAAGAGAUCCUAGUGGAACAAUCUGAGCACGUGGCUGCUGAGCCAGCUGUGGAAGUGGGCGAAACUCCGUUGGUGGACGAUGAGGCUUCAAAGAAGCUGACAGAAGAGGGUUCUACUAUGGCUGAGCCUGAAAUUGAGGAUCUGGAGACUAAAUAA